AUGGCACCAAGGAACAUAACAGGAGUUUCAGAAUUUCUUCUCAUGGGAUUUUCAGAGGAUCCAGAAUUGCAGCCUCUCAUGUUCAGACUUUUCCUCUCCAUGUACCUGAUCACUGUGUUUGGAAACCUGCUCAUCAUCCUGGCUGUCAGCUCAGACUCCCACCUCUACACCCCCAUGUACUUCUUCCUCUCCAACCUGUCCUUGGUAGACAUCUGUUUAUCUUCCACCACCAUCCCAAAGAUGCUGUGGAACAUCCAGACACAGAGCAAAGGUAUCACCUAUGAAGGCUGCAUCACCCAGAUCUAUUUUUUCACACUCUUUGUAGUCCUGGACAUCUUUCUCUUGACCGCGAUGGCCUAUGACCGCUUUGUGGCCAUCUGUCACCCCCUGCACUACAUCGUCAUCAUGAACCCCUGGCUCUGUGCACUGCUGGUGCUAUUGUCCUGGAUCAUCGGUCUCCUGCAUGCCUUGCUGGAAAUCAUAAUUGUAUUGCGGCUGUCAUUCUGUACAGUCUUAGAAAUCCCUCACUUUUUCUGUGAGCUCAAUCAGAUGAUCCAACUUGCCAGGUCUGUCAUCUUUCUUGAUAAAGCAGUAAUGUAUUUUAUACCUCUGUUGCUGGCUGGUGGUUCCCUCGUGUGUAUCCUUUAUUCCUACUCUAAGAUAGUUUCCUCCAUAUGUGGAAUCUCAUCAGCUUGGGGGAAGUAUAAAGCGUUCUCCACCUGUGCAUCUCACCUCUCACUUGUCUCCUUAUUUUAUUGUACAUGCUUAGGAGUAUAUCUUAGCUCUACUACUACCCACAGCUCACACUCAAGUGCAACAGCCUCAAUAUUGUAUGCUGUGGUCACCCCCUUGCUGAACCCCUUCAUCUACAGCCUGAGAAAUAAAGACUUAAAGAGGGCUCUGAAAAUACUCUAUGGAAAGAAAUCUAUAAAAUAA